AUGCCUGCGCCAGUAAGGGCAAGCCGUCUAAAGGCAAUCCGCCGCGCCAACAGGCGCGUCAUGUCGAGCCUCUCUAUGGAAAGGCAAGGCUUUGGCGUCCACUGGGACGCCGUAAAAGAGUCCAGAUACAGGCUACAAGUCGCCGACGCAGAGUGCCAGAAGAUGUGCAAGUUUGUCCUUGCGGCCAUCCAAGAGCAAGGCCUGCACAUCAACGAAGUCCCUGUCAAGUACUUGGGCAGGGCCACCAAGUGGCAAGACGACGAGAUUGCCAACAAAACUCGAAAAAUAUGCGACAAAACCCGCCAGCGGAUGUCAACCCGCCAGCACCCCCCGGUCGACCCCGACAACCCCCCAAGCAUCCUGGUGGGCGACCAGAUCAAGAAAUACAACGCGAAAUCAUACACAAACUGGCUCGGCCCAGAGAAGAUGCGGCUUCGCAAGGAGCCGUCUACCAACCAGUGGCAAUGCCUCAUAGAUUUUCCUGACGGCCCGCAUUUGUUUCCCAUCGACCUUUUGGAAGCCUCUGGCCCGGACAGAUACAACUGGCAUGAGACAAUUGUGUGCUUCGACAAGGCGGCCUCGGUCGCACAGGUACCAACGUCCAUCCCCGAGCCACACUUUUCGGAAUGCGUACACAAGCUCGACAUCGGCACCGACCUUGACAUAGAGGAACGGGGUGCUAACGGCCGCAACAAUGACCACUCCUCUGUACCAGGUCACUACCUGGGCAUCACCGACGAAAAGAUGUAG